AUGGACGAAAUGCAAAAGCAAAUCAAUGACAGGAACGGGGCCCCGGAGCCUCUGGACGUCUUGACUCCCCCCUUCACACGGGACAUCAUGGAGGAGCCCCUCCCCGCGAACUUCCGUUUCCCCACCAUUCAAGCGUACUCCGGGACGACUGACCCGCGUGAACACCUGAACAGGUACCGAGCUGCCAUGCUAAUGACUAGGGCCAGCAACGCUAUCAUGUGCCGAGGCUUCCUCUUGACUCUAGACGGCCACGCACAGGACUGGUGCAGGUCCCUGCCGGAAGGAUCCAUCUCGACCUUCGCCACCCUCACGAGACGUUUCCUGUCUUACUUCGCUGGCCAUAUGCGGAAAAAGAAGCAGUUCGCUGACUUAUGUUUUUUGAAACAAAGGAGUUCGGAGUCCCUGGCCGACUUCCUCAGCAAGUGGAAGAAGGAGUCGAUAGGGGUCUCCAAUUUUGACGACAAAGCAGCCAUACCCAUCUUCAGAAGCAACCUUAGAUCUGGCGCCUUCCACCAGGACCUCAUCCGGUACCCCCCCAAGACCUACACUGAGUUGAUGGACCGUGCCUCUAGGUUUGCUGACGCGGAGGUAGCCGAGAAGAGGAAGAAGGAGGAGGAGGAGGGGAAGGACCGUAAAGGCAAGGAACCCCGGGAGGAGCGCCAAGCACUGCGGCCGCCCCGGCGCGAGGCCCCCCAAGAAGACCGCCGGGCACCCAGGCCUCCCCGCCGCGAGUACGCUGAGGGGCCCAGGUUGACCCCCACUCGAUUUCUCACCCCGCUGACGCAGCCCAUCAGCACAAUCCUGGAGCAUGCGGAAGGCCAGGGGAUCGUGGAGUACCCGGGGGAGUGCAUGAAGAUAUCCCUGAAGGUCAACCACAACAAAUACUGCAAAUUCCACCGACAAUCAGGGCAUGACACGGACGAAUGCAUCCUCCUCAAACGCCAGAUCGAGGAGCUCAUCCAGAGAGGCUACUUGGGUCAGUUCGUGCAAUGGCCUGGGCAGGGCCAAGGUCAGCAUCAGGGCCGCGUGUGGAGGAAGGGAGGCAGCUCCGAGCCCUCCGCCUCCGCGCCACGCAAAAGGGAGCUCGGCCAGCUCACUGAUGAGGAGGAAAGAGAACCAGACAACCCCCACCCCCAGAAGAAAUAG